AUGAGAUCUUAUUUGCAGCUGUCGGCGUCAAGCGAACCGGGCGCGUUGGACGCAGUCGCAAGACGCUACCGACUCGAGAACGGCAACUCUCUGGGGGAAAAAGACGAGUUGUUCGGGCCACCAAGUGCACCCGUUCUUGAAAACCCUGAGUUCCAAACAAGAUGGUACUUUAAAUACUUCCUCGGCAAAAUGCACCAAAAUUACAUCGGAGUAGAUGGUUCAAGAGAGCCUUACCUACUGAGUGUCGUUCAGGAAGGUGGAGCGGGACUUUUGCGAGCCAUCCUCUUCAAUAAAAUGGGUGCGCAUAAAAUUUAUUUGCCGCCUAGUGCCUGGAGUAGUGGUGGUGGCCAGGCUCCAACGAGACCAACAGUCAAACAGAUUCUUAGCCAAUUUCCCGCAAUGGAACGUGUGGAUAAAGUCCCGAGAGAGAUAACGUGUGCGGAAUUACAAAAAGACGUUUUAUUGCUAGAAGAACAGGAAGGUUCAGUGAAUUUUAAGAUAGGAGUAAUGCUAAUGAAAGCUGGCCAGAAGACUGACGAUGAAAUGUUAUCAAACGAGGAAGGCGAUGAAAAAUGGCAACGAUUUAUUUCGCUUUUGGGAGAUAAAGUUCGAUUAAGAGGAUGGAACCGUUUUCGUGGUGGACUGGACGUUAAAGGUGACAUGACCGGCAGUCAUUCCAUUUAUACGAUGCAUCAGGGUCACGAAAUAAUGUUCCACGUCUCCACAAUGUUACCUUUCUCGAAGGAUAAUAAGCAACAGCUGGAGAGGAAGCGUCACAUCGGGAACGACAUAGUCAACAUUGUGUUUACAGAGGACUCCGUUCACAACACAUUCAACCCGCAAUGCGUCAAAAGUCACUUCACACAUAUAUUCGCAGUGGUAUCAGAGGUAGAAGGUGAAGGAUACAAACUCAGUGUUUAUAGUGAUGACACCGUUCCACCAUUUGGACCAUCACUGCCGUGUCCACCCGUGUUUAAUGAUCCGCAAUUAUUUAGAGAUUUUUUAUUGGUCAAAUUAAUGAAUGGAGAAAAAGCAGCAUUUCAAACACCGACGUUUGCAUUGAAGCGGCAGCGAACCCUAGACUCACUGAUAAGAGACAUCUACGCAGAGCAUUGUUCGGAUCACAAAGUACCAAUGCUAUCUCGCCGAGCUCUAUCAGACGUGUGGUCAGGCGGAGCAGGCGCAAGCGGAGCUGGCGCAGCCCGUACAGAACAUUUCCUCCACAUAGGACAAGCGCUGAAACUCGAUGCGGUAUUACGCGGCGAUGCUCCAACAAGCUUUGCUUCUACAGGGUGUGGCGGUUCCCGUCGAGCGCCUUGGGAAGGUCGGGUAUGGCGAGCCGCGCCACUGCCAGCCACUCCUAUUUGUGCAGAACAAAUGUCGGAAGGAAGGCUUCUAUUGUCUACAACCUCUAAUACAUAUAUUUUAGAAGAAAGUGGCACAACUCGCGUAGUUCUAAGAUGGGAAGGUUGCGUCCGUACCGCGAGAGUGACGGAGCGGGCCGGCCUUUUUCGUGUCGGUGCCAGAAUGAUAGCAGGGGGCGGAUCUACGACAGGAGGGGCAGGAGGAGCUGGGCUCUAUGCGCUUCCUGUUCAAGAGCUAUGCGCGGGAGCAUGGGCUAUGAGACCCCUUCAAGAUUGUAAACACGCGAGACUUCCAAGAACGAAAACUGCACAUUAUUUCGAUUUACUUGAAACGGGCGAAGGAGGGAAAACAACAUUAGCGGUUGCAAUUGGUCGAAGAGUCAUGAUUAUGAUUGAAGAAUCAAAGACUGAAAAUGAGAUGGGUUUUGAAUACGUGCAUAUCAAAGACAUACAACUUAGCGAAUCACCUAUACUCAUCAAACUAAUGGACGGUGAAGUAGAAAUAAUGGUGGUUGGAUACAAACAUCACUGGGAAGUAUUAGACACCAGUACAGCACAGUCAAUAAAAAGAGCUGAAAAUUCAGAAGAUAGUGGACCUCGUCGCGGUACUCUUGUUAAUGCUUUACGUAUUGGAGAUGAAAGAGAUGGCCAAAUAGUUCUAUGUUACAAUCAUACAUGUCACUUCGAAAGAUUAACAAGCAAAGGUCUGGAGAGCGAUGGCGAAUAUGACUUUCAUUGGACAACCGUACCCGCAGCAGUAGUAUGUGCAUUCCCAUAUAUUAUGGCAUUCGCCGAAGAUUUAUUAGAGAUACGACUAGUAGCAAACGGAUCCUUGGUACAUGCGGCCUGCAUACCUGGAUUGAAAUUGCUUUGCGGCCGAAAAGAUAUAUUCUACGUGGCAUGCGCACCGGAAUACGUGCCUUUAAGCCGAGAGUUUAACCCUUGUCUCAGCUUACAUGACGAAUUGGUAAAACAGAUGAGCAAACAGAGUGGUCCCUAUUCUGUCGAUGAAGAUGAAAAUCAUGAUAGAGAUUAUUACAGUCCAAGUAGCCGUACUGCACCAUCAGAGAAUAACUCAGCAUCAAGUAGAAGUAGUUCUAUAUCCUCAGAACAGGAGAAUAUGAGGCCGCCAUUACAACGGAUGGCUCCGAUCUCACCCCCGACUUCACCUCAGGUGUUACCGGAAAACAGUGGACGGUGCGUUCGUAUCUACAAGAUUCCUCAAAGCAAUCUCAGUGCGGGCGCCUAUCAGCGGCAGUCGGUAUCCGCCGAUCAAGUCGUUACGUCAUACUUUUCAGACAGGUGCCGACGGCCUAACAGUAUGCGGCAAAGAUUAGCAGAACUAAGAUUAGACAGCAAAUCCAGAGGAGGGGGCGACGACGAAACUUUAUAA